UUAGCAGGAGGCGAAUGAGUUUCAAUUUUACUGGAUUACAGAACAAAGAAAGGGGAAAGGGACACCCUGCUCUGUUAAGAGGGGGGGAAAAACAGAAAUAAACUAAGCAAAAAAUACACAAUUAACAGACAAUAAGACGUGCAUUGGAAGUCGUCGGUGCUAUGCUCCGGAUUACGAUGUUUUAGCGGACGGCGCGGCUACAUUGUGGAUGAGGAAUUGUGAGCGUUUCUGAUGGAUUAAAACGGGGGAAUAAACCUAUUCCGGGAUUGACAGCAGCAACAAGGCUAUUUAAUCGCUAAUUAAGAGGCAUGGCUCAGAUGAGGAAGCUGGCAUGUGAUGGCAUCAGGACGAACUCCCGCGGUGAGCCGCAGGUCCCGCUGCUGUCAGCCAGACAGGAGAUCCUCACCAGCCUGGUGUCUGCCCUCGACUCAGUGUGCAUGGCGAUGUCUAAACUCAAUGCCGAGGUGGCGUGCGUCACCGUUCAUGAGGACAGCGUGAUCGCUGUCGGCACAGAAAAGGGCAGAGUGUUCCUCAACUCCAGGAGGGAAAUCCAGACAGAUUUCUACAAGUUUUGCCGGGUGCCAUGCCUGCAAAACCUGACCACAGCAAACGCCCAUACCAAAGACCAGGAAGGCGAUCUCGGCAAACCGACUAAGGACGGUGAGCACGGCAAACCAAGAGCUCCGUCAGACGCACAGUCCAACAUCUUUGUUCUGAGGAAGAUGGUGGAAGAAGUCUUCACUGUGCUUUACAGUGAAGCUGUAGGAAAGAGCAGCCUGGUCCCUGUGCCUUAUGAGUGGAUCCAGAAGGACCCCGGCUGUGUUGUGGCCCACGGUUUGCCUGAAGGAGUCGCCCUGAAGAAGCCCUCCGAGUACGACACCAAGACACUGAUGAAGAUCCUGGAGCAGAGCCACCGCAUCCAGUUCACAGUAAAAAGCCAAGCAGAAGAUUUGUCUCGAGAAGCCAAGCUGAGCACCGAUGUCAAUCACAACUCUUCCACCACCGUCGUGACGCAGACCAGCCACGUCCCGGGGAAGACGACUGCCCAGGUAGUCACGUCGUCGAGUCCCGCCACUUCCAGCAACUCUGUGCUGUCCAACUUCCUGUAUGGCAUGCCCAUGUCCUCCAAACCCCACCCAGACGGCAAGCUGGACUUCAAACCCAUGUCCCUCCUCAACCUGGGCAAGGACAGACUGUCCAACUGGACAGCGGGAACAGACAAGAGCAGCACCGUCAAGGACUGUUCUAGCAGCGAUGAGACAACACGACUACCUGGUGAGCAGGGUCAGAGCCCUCCUGGCAUCCACAUCUCCAAGAGAUUACUCUUCUCCAUCGUGCAUGAAAAAUCAGAAAAAUGGGACUCAUUCAUUCGGGAAACUGAAGACAUCAACACGCUGAGGGAAUGCGUUCAGAUCUUGUUCAACAGCAGAUACGCUGAGGCUCUGGGUCUGGAUCACAUGGUGCCUGUCCCCUAUCGUAAAAUCGCCUGCGAUCCCGGGGCUGUGGAGAUCAUUGGCAUCCCCGACCAGAUCCCCUUCAAGAGGCCGUGCACGUACGGCGUUCCGAAGCUCAAGCGCAUCCUGGACGAACGCCACGGAAUCCGCUUCAUAGUCAAACGAAUGUUUGAUGAAAGGAUUUUCACUGCUGCCGGCAAGAUUGCAAGGGAGGAGGGCAAGCAUGACCUGGGCUCCACGCCUGAAGACAGCUUCCCCGACAGUCUGAGCAUCCCGCCCACCACCACCGAGCUGGUCAGCAAUCCUCACAGCAGCAGAUCAACAAGUGCUUGUGUGAGUCCUCUGGCUGACUGUGAAGCAGGUCCUUCAGGAGAUUGCAUUCCUUUGAGGAGGAUUAAAACGGAGCCUCCAGACGGGGAAAUCAUUCAAGUUACAGUGCCAGAUGCUGGUCUGAGCGGUGAGGAGCCCUCUGAGCCUGUGGCUGAGCCCACCACCGCUGCUGCACCAUGUCCAGCCAUAGCCUCACCCUCCGCCCCCUCUGCUCCCCCGGCCCCCUCGGCCACCCACCACCCGAUGGAAAACCACACAGCUGAAGCUCUGUCGUCCAGUGCGGCCUCCCAGAGCAUCAGAAGAUCCUCUGAAGCGGGGAGUCUGGUGGAGGACAUCGGUGAAAUGAUUCUUCAGCUGCGGAGACAAGUGGAGAGCCUCUUCAGCAUUAAGUACGCUGAGGCUCUGGGCCUCCCGGAACCAGCCAAGGUGCCGUACUCCAAGUUCCAGAUGUAUCCAGAGGAUCUGUGCGUCACCGGGCUGCCGGAGGGAAUCUCCCUCCGAAGGCCAAACUGCUUCGGAGCCGCCAAGCUACGCAAGAUCCUGGCUGUUAGCAGUCAGAUCCAGUUCAUUAUCAAAAGGCCUGAGCUCUUAACUGAGCAAGUAAAACAAGAAAUGCCUUCCAUCCCCGUCUGUGAGUCAGAGCUGGACCCCAAGGACGCUACGCCGCUAACAGAGGACACUGCAGCUAUUUCCAAGAGACCUGGAUUCUCAGAGUGUUUGGAGUCCAAGCUGUCCAGGAUCGACCUGGCCAACACGCUGCGAGAGCAGGUCCAGGAUCUGUUCAACAGGAAGUAUGGGGAGGCAUUGGGCAUCAAGUACCCCGUCCAAGUGCCUUACAAGAGGAUCAAGAACAACCCGGACUCGGUCAUCAUCGAGGGCCUUCCCCCCGGCAUCCCCUUCAGGAAGCCCUGCACCUUCGGCUCCCAGAACCUGGAGAGGAUCCUGGCGGUCGCCGACAAAAUCAGCUUCACCAUCACCAGACCUUUUCAAGGACUUAUUCCAAAACCAGCACCUCGACGAGUCACUUUACUAAAAAAGGCGUACGCCUCCAUAAGUGAUGACGACGACAUUAACCGCAUGGGGGAGAAGGUAGUCCUUCGAGAGCAAGUCAAGGAACUGUUCAACAAGAAAUACGGCGAGGCUCUGGGCGUGGACCGCUCCGUCGUGGUCCCGUACAAGCUGAUCCGUGGCAGUCCGGAGUCUGUAGAAGUCAGUGGCCUUCCAGACGACAUCCCCUUCCGCAACCCCAACACCUACGACAUCGUGGGCCUGGAGAAAAUCCUUCAAGCCGCGGAUAAAAUAACAUUCAACAUCAAGAGUCAGCUCCAGCCUUUUGCAGAAAUCUGCAGCCAGGCUUGUAAUACAGCAGGAACAGACGCCUCCACUAAUCGACGAAAGCGCAAGAGAGUUCAGGAGAGCAACCGAGUACCCGCCUCCUCUGACCUGGGGAUAUCGACCAAUCAGAUUCCAGUGAUGCAGUGGCCCAUGUACAUGGUGGACUACAGCGGAGUGAAUGUGCAGGUUCCCGGGAAAGUCAAUUACUGAAGGACAAGUCAGGACUGCAGCAAAGGGAUUAAAGGAGGAGUUUGACAAUAUUCACGACUUCCCCCAACACGCGACACUAACGCUUCAUCAGAGUGCUACGACUAAACGAUCUCUCCGGUCUGAACAUGGAGAGCUGCGGGUUUGACUCCUGAACGUUGACGAACAACAGAAUGUAUGUGGAUCGAAACGUUGCAGGGCUAAAAGCUUGGCUUGUUUCCUGCCUCCUGCCUCCACAUGGUGCAGAUGGGACGGCUUUCGGUUUUUGUUUUCCUUCUAAUCAUGGCAGUAAUGUUGUUUUUCUUUUCUACAAAGCUGAAAACACUACUAAAGUCAUGUUAUUUGCCCUUGCAUUUACAAAUUGUCCAUCCACUGAGUCAUUUCUUGGAUCCAGCAUUGGGUUGCAAUGUAAUACUGACAAAAAAAUGUCUUUGAUAAUGACCUGGUUCCAUAUUAUUCAGAUAUUUGUACUUUUUAUUUAUUAUAUUUAUUGAAAUAUAACAUUAUGUGCAGGGAUGUAAAAUAUAUUAUUCUGUUAUACAGCUCUUUGAGGAACUAUCAACACUAACACAGAUGCUACUAGUCACUCCUUAACUACAGGUAACCGCUGAUAUUCAAUUUAACAGCAGCAAUGAAGUGUCUUAAUUGGGAGUCGGGCGACGACAAGACGUCGGAAAAUUCAAGGAGACAAAAUGGACUCGAAGUUUGCCCAACAGGGAAAAAUCUCUGCUCACACAGCAGCAGUAUCUACCUGCAGUAAAAACAAGACCCUCAGUAAACAGCCUUUUUAUGUUAGCACUACAUUAACGAAAUGUAAAAUACGUCAUUUAAGAGUCAGCCUGAAUGUAUCAUGUAAAGAAAAGAAUGGUAUGUUAUUCUGCGAUGACUGUCUCUGGACUAAUGAUAUUUAAUAUGCUGUACCUUAACGCCAAUUAGGCCUUUGAAAUAAAAUGUGUUGCCUUGCACUUUGA